AUGAAGAAAGCAGAAAUAGAGCAUGACGAGUAUAAAAGACCGCCCAACCUAUUGAAAGCCAAAAAACAUGGUAUUGCCAAAAGGUUUGCAGCUCCAAUGCCUUUUACUGAUUUUGAUAAGGGGAGUGUAUGUCCAUGUUGCGGAUAUCCAUACAAAAACUAAAUCCUUCCACUAUGCGUCUCUAUAUCCGAAUUCAGUUUUAUCGGAUCAGGGAUAGUUCUGUACUUCGAUUUUGUGAUUUACUCACAAAUUAUUUUACUAAUCUACAUGUUAGUGUAAUACAAUAUAUAGAUCAAUAGUAGGAGUGUACACUUUUUAUGAUAAUAGUUAAGGGUUCAGAUGCUAUAUUGAAAACAAAGAGAAAGCUUCAUCAUGCGAAGAAGAUAUCUACAAUAAGUUUUCAAGAUCUAAUGUGUAUAAGUAAUGAGCAUCUAAAUAAUUAAGAGAGUUAGAUGUUGUGGCUAGUUACUUAAAUUUUGCAACAAUUAUUUUAUUGAUAAUUUCUACGUUGAUCUAUCGUAGACAUAUUAAUAAAAUUUGUUUGGAGAUUGAUGAUGCGGAAAUUGAGGUUUCUGAUUACUCAAUUAUGAUCUAUAAUGCUCCAAAAAAUUGUAAAAAAGAAGACAUUAGAUCGUACUUCUUGUAGGAGGAAGGCAUGGAGGAGUUGGAGUUGAGAAAGAUUUGUAUGGCUUAUGAGGUGAAGCCUUUUUUGUAAUUAAAAAUAGAAUUGGAGGAGAAUUAAGCAGAAUUAUCUCAUGUUUUGGAUCUGGAAAGAUAGAAAAAGAAGUCGUCUAAAUCCAAAGCUGAAAUCCUAUAGAAGAUUAAGGAAAUUCAUGAAAAAUUAGAUUAUGUAGAGAAGUACAAGGAAAUCAUUUUCAGAUUUACUGGAGUCAUCUUUUUAUCCUUCAAUUAUGAAAAGCAUGCUGAUUAGGUUUGCGAUCAAUUUCAAUAGACAAAAUUUUAAUUGUUAUUAGAGCAACUCAAUCUGAAGAAAUACCAGAAUCGAAAGUUUCUAGGAAAUUCAGUGAUAGUCAGAAAAGCACCUUUGCCAGGUGAUGUGCUUUGGGAAAAUCUGGGCAUCGAAAUCAAAGAACAAUAUAAAAGAAUAGUGACAACGAAUGUUGUAACAGCAGCUCUGUUAGCUAUAGGGUUUGCAAUGAUCUUUGGAUUAUCUUAUAUGUAAGAAUUCAUCAACGCAUAAGUGAAUUACGAUCCUACUACGACAGCUGUGAUUAUCAAUUUUCUUGGUUUCUUGGCCUCCCUCAUCAUUUCCUUUAUAAACAGUGUUUUAUCAUCUACAAUAAUAAAAUUAAUCAUUAGAGAAUAGCAUUCAACCAAAACUGAAUAUGACAUAAGUAUAGCUAAGAAGAUAGGUUUGGCUGAGUUUAUCAAUGUAGCAAUCCUAACUCUUUUGGUUAACAUCUUGAUCAAAGGGUAAAAUGAAACAACUAUAAACACAAUGUAUCAAAAGGGAGGAUUAAAUUCAGAUGUGAUGUGGAUCUUUAUGACAGAUUCCUUUAUGCCUUGGUUUCUGUUCAUCUUUGACUUCGAACAUCUAAAGAAGUUAUACAUACGUCGACAGAUCAAACAAUUGGGGUCCACUUGUAAACUAACACAAAAGGAAGCUAAUGAGUACAUUCAUCAUCUUAAAGAAGAGCAUUUGAGGGUCCCAUGAUUAAUUUGGCCGAGAAGUAUCCUGCAAUAGCUAAGACUUUAUUGAUGGCUCUGUUCUAUGCUCCAUUGCUGCCAGCAUGUUCUUUUUUUGCACUUGCGAGUAUAAUGGGAAUCUACUGGAUUGAGAAGAUCUUAUUAUUGAGAAGAGAUUCAAAACCCUUACCUACAGGCAGUGAUAUGGCCUAAGCCAUGGUUGAAUUCUACAUAGAUCUUGUGAUUCUUAUUUACAGUGUAAUGAUCGAGUAUUAAAGAUUUAGUUAGGUAAUUGCGUUUGGGAAUACACGGUAUUUAAUACAAUGCAUUGGUCAACGUGGAUUUCUUUUAUUAUUUGUUCCAUCUUUUAUCUGCUUCCCAAAGAACGAGUCCUAGAAUUCAUUUUGAAGAUAGGAAUAGAUAAUGCCACUGAAGAGUCAUAUGAUGCGAAGAGUCCCACAUUCUUGGAUGAUUACGACAGAAGAAAUCCAGUUACUGCAGAGGAAGCCAAAAGAAUUUGGAUUGAAAAUCAGCAACAACAAAAUUCUGAAAUGAAUCAAAUUAAUUAGCUGUAUUAUUUAUAUCAAUCUAGUUUAGUAUGUCUGCUAAGCAACUUGACAUUUCGAUCUAUCGUUAUCAUUAUAACAUAAUGCAAUAAUAAUCCAGAUAGCAGAUUUUGAUGACUAAUCACAAGUCUUUUUCGAAAGUUCAUCCAGAAUUCAAGACAGAAAAUAAUUAUAAUCUGAAAAAGCUAUAAUAUUGA